AUGGCUUGGAAUUAUUGGAAUUGGGUUUGGUGUAAUAUUUUCAUUAGUACUGCUAUUGUUUUUAAUACAUUUGUCAUCUUGGUUUUUUUACUACGAUAUUUCGAUCAACUAUUCUAUGGUAUUGUUGCUAAACUCUUCAAUAUCGAACGUUGUUUUAUUGAUGUGCAUCAUAAUAUUAUCUCACGCAAUUCCAAAAUUAAUAUAUCAAGUGCUCGUAUAAUCAAAGCCACUGAAAGGCUUUCAAAAAUUGUAAUUUUCUGCAAGAAUCUUUGUAAUGGAGAAAGGGAAUUGAAUAAUGAUGCCGAAGAAUCGACAUCUGACGAUGAUCAGCCGCCGAACAAUAAUGAAGUACGGCCUUAUUCUGAUAAAGAUGACAAGUUGAGCGCCACACAAAGAAAAGUUCACAAUAGGGUAGCAUCAUAUCAAAACCCUUCGUCUCACCCAGAACACGAACGUGAAAUAUUGAAUAUAUAUGGAAAAUACAUUCCUUUAAAUAAAUUUUCAAAUAAACUUUUCAUAACAAUCCUAACCACAGCUGUCAUCUCAGCUGCUAUUAUGGCUGUGCUCAACAGUCUUAUUCUAACCAGUACAGCUGUUUAUCGAGGUGGCCCAUGCCCUAACUAUGGUCCGAUGGAGUGCUUCUGUGGUGACAAUCAUACAUAUUUUCAAUGCCAAACUGGCGCAAAUGUCACUUUUCCAUUUGAUACCCUCAGUGGAACAUGCUUUCGUUGGAUUGCGCGUGAUGUAACAACAUCGGAUGUUACGACACAAAUUGGCGUUACUGCAGGAUUAUUGACUGCUUUCGGGAGUAUCACUCAAGCUCUAAUACAUCUAUACCUCCAUGUACUUCAAAAGCGCCUAGGUGUUAGAAAAGGCAUAUUUCACAUGAUGGCUAAAACAGUCGGUAUCAAUGGAACAACUGCUCCAACUCUGUGCUGUGGCUCUUAUUUACCCUGUCAUUACUGCAGUUGCAUCCACUUGCGCCAGUACAAAAAUCCUUGUAUUACUGCAUUACUAACAAUCAUUUAUAUUUCAGUACCGGGGCUAAUUAUCCCUGCCAUUAUCCUCCUAUAUUACUAUGAAUUAAAUGUGACAUCGUUGACCUUUGCUGUUCUGAUCACAUUUGCAUUCCUAUGUAUUUUGGCUAUGUUAUGGAUGGCAAUGGAGGACGACGAAUUAAGUGCGAAUAUACCAGGCGGAUGGAAAGAUAUACAAAAAAUCAGGACUGAACUCGUAGAUUUGAUAGUAGCUAAAAAGAAGAAAACGCUGACAACAGAAGCAACUAACUAA